AUGCUUGGCUUAGGAGCGUAUGAAAGCAGCAGUGACGAAGAGGUGGAAAAUAAUUUGCCCUCAGUACAUUCGAAGAAGAUCGCAAGCCAGCAAGCGCAGCCACAGGAAGUGACAAAAGCUACAGCAGAAACCGCCAAUGAAGCCACACCAUCGAAAGAGAUACCUGUUCCAAAUACAGACAGGCCUGUUCUUGGGCCGACGCAUGAAGGCUCACAAAAUCCGCAAGAGCAACCAGCCGAACAUUCACAAAUCUUCUCAGCGGACCGAACAUUAAUCCAUGACCUAACACUUCCUCCGAUACCAAAUCUAGACAUCCCACCAUCUCCCCCUGGCUCUCCUAACCCUGCAGCAAAUGCCAAAUUCGCACACUUCUUGACCCUAAAGAAACAGGGCAUGCAUUUUAACGAAAAGCUUGCCGGGUCUACAUCCCUCAAAAACCCCAGUUUACUGAAGAAGAUGAUGGACCAUGCCGGCAUUGAUGAACAAGCACAAUAUCACACAUCUUUACCACCUGAAAUAUGGAAUAUCAGCGAUCUGCCAAGUUGGGGGUAUAAAGAGGAGCUUUUAAAAGCGCAGAGGGAAAUUCAAAAUAGGGCUGAAGAAAAGAAGUCCGCAGGACAAAGGGAUGCUAUCAACUUUGUGCCUGCCACGCCUAGCGAGUUCUCCCGUGCAGGCCCUAUUCCUAGCUCAAGGCCAAAACAAAGGUAAUACACGAUGGAUAGUUCAGAGUGCAAGUAUCACUGUCAAUGACGGCUGGGACAGUAUGAUCAGGCGUACAAUGCUUGGGAAGCAAAGAAAGGCCCUCCGAUCCCAAAGCCUAUGAUAGGAGGCCACUUUGUAAAAGGAAAGUUAUCUGCUGAUGAUAGACUUUCUCUCACGAAAUGACUAUAUAACGUCUAUUUCUAGGGUCAAAUAAC